AUGGCUUCCACCGAGCAACCAUCUCAGCGCCCGGCUCCCAGGGACAAAACAUUCCGGAACUACGACAGCUCCUCGGCCGCCGCGUAUGCACAGUACCGGCCCCCAUACCCCAACCAACUGAUCGACAUCAUCAUCGACAAACAUGUCUCGACCGGCGGCGGCCUAGAUCUGCUUCUCGACGUAGGGUGCGGCCCCGGAACUGCGACCCGGUCCCUCGCUCCGCGAUUCACGCACGCCGUGGCCGCCGACCCAGGCCAAAGUAUGGUCGAAACGGCGCGGAAGAUCCCGAGCACGACCAAGUCCGGCACGCCGGUCCGGUUCGAGAUGUGCGAGGCAGAGAAAGUCAGCAGCCUCUUGCCGGUCCUGCAGGAAGUGGCCGGCACCGGCAGCCCGGAGUGCGUGGAUCUCAUCACCGCGGCGGCGGCAGCGCACUGGUUCGACCUGCCACGCUUCUACGGCGAGGCCGCCAAGAUCCUCAAACCGGGCGGCAGCAUUAUUUUCUGGUGCACCAAGAGCGGCUACUGCAGUCCCGACACGCCGAAUGCGGAGAAGUUGACUCGUCUCUUCCAGGAAUUCGAAGACACGGUGGCCAGCGAGUUUGAGCAGCCUGGAAACAGGCUGGCUCGUGGCCUGUAUGCUGGCUUGACGCUGCCUUGGGACGCAGAAUCGGAGGCGGCGACUGAUAAAGAGUCAGGUGAUGGGGUCGGUGUCAAGUUGUCGGAAGUGUUUCCCAAGGAGGAGUUCCAACGGUUGGAGUUCAACAAGGACGGACAUGUCCCGCCGGGAGAACAGUUCCUGGUUGGUAGGAAAUUCACUCUCGACCAGGUCAAGAUGGCUUUGGGCACGGUGAGUCCUAUCACGCGCUGGAGGGAGGCAUAUAAAGACAAGAUCGCCUCGGGGGAGACGGAGGAUUGCGUCGAAAAGCUCGUCAGGCAGAUGAAGGAGAUUCUGGAGGAAGUGCCUGAAGGGAAAGGGAGGGACUGGAUUGAGGGUGGGAGUGCGGUUGUGGUGUUGAUCAUCAAGAAGAGAAAGUGA